AUGUCGUGUUACCCAUCAAGUGUCGGUGGAGUGGAAGAACAUGUCUGCUUUGGCACAAUCAGCUCAUCAAAAGAAAAGGGCCCCACAGCCAUAUGGACCCAUCUAUCCCCAAUACUUGACCUGGUCAAGGCUUCCUCUCCCAAUGGGACUGUGGAGAAGUUGAGAGAGUUGGGAAUUGAUGACCCCUACCUCUUUCCUCCUGGAAUCUUCACUGAUAUGCUGAAGUGUAAACAGGAUGAGAAGGAGAUCUUUUUAAAGAGGUUGUCCAAGUCUGGUACCAAGAGUGCUAGACUGUCACUGGAGGCAGGCUUUAAUGACAGUUUCAUACCAAGGACACUACAGCUCAAUCUUCCCAAACCCCUAUCUGAGCUGUAUGAUCCAGUCUGUCUAGGCCUGUCAUAUCCUGAUCUGUUGUUGGAAUGUGAGGCAGCAUUUCAAGUGCUGAACAUAGAUGAAAAUCAGGCAUCUUCCGUUGAAGAAGAGACUAGAAAACAAGCCAAAUCCAAGCUGUGGUUCCAAAUGCGUGCUGGCCGAGUUACAGUUUCCAGGUUCAAGGCAGCUGCAAGAACAGAUCCAGCCAACCCAUCCAAGUCUCUCAUCAAGCAAAUCUGCUAUCCACAGGCCUACAAGUUCACUUCUGCAGCAACUGAAAUAACAAAUGAUACUGUGAUUAUGAAUGGGACACAGGAAAAAAGAUGGGGAUGCCAGCAUGAAAACGAGGCCAGGAAUGUGUACAAAGCACAUGUAGCCAUGCAGCACAGAGACUUCAUGGUGGAAGACUCAGGACUCAUCAUCAGUCCUGAUUAUCCUCACCUUGGUGCCUCUCCAGAUGGGAAGAUAAAGUGUUCCUGCUGUGGGAUGGGGAUUUUAGAAAUAAAAUGCCCUUAUUGCAAAUGUGGUGACACGCAUGAACAAGCAGCAGAGGACAAGGAUUUUUGCCUUCAAAAUAUGGGUGGACAGAUAUCUCUAAAGAGAAACCACACGUAUUUUUACCAAGUUCAGGCUCAACUUAAUAUCAGUAGCAGUGAAUAUUGUGACUUUGUGGUUUUGACACAAGACAAUACAUUAUUUAUAGAAAGAAUUGUGAAGGAUGCUGAUUUUUUCCAACAGGCUUUAGAGAAUGUCACUUCUUUUUUCAAAUUGGGAGUAUUGCCAGAAUUACUGGCAAAAUGGUACACCAGGUCCACUGAUCUCCCUGCCCCCACACCUGGUCCUAGCAAUGCCACCAAGCAUGUGUAUUAUUGCCAAGAACCUGAACAGGGUACAAUGCUGAAGUGUCAGUCAGGAUAUUGUAAUGUAGAAGUUUUCCACUUAAAGUGUUUGGGGUUAAAAGGCCUUCCCAAAUGAAAAUGGUUGUGUCCACACUGUAGAAAGGUAGCAAAAGUCAGUAAGCCCAAGGCACUGAGAUAAAUC